CUCUCCGCGGAGCUGUUUCCAGAAGUACGAGUCGUGCGGUUUUGAGUCAUUGCGGUCUGGAGUGAGACGAGGCGUGUGCCAUCUCCUGCUAUAGAAAACGUUUGAAGGAGUCAGAGAGUACGUCUCCCUCCAACCUAGUCGGUGAAAAACACCGGCGGCCUUCGUGUCCGCGAAGCCUUGCCGCGGAGGGUGGCUUCUUCCCCAGAGAUUUCGGCAAGCACUAAAUUGUCAGAGGGCACCAGACCCCCAUCUCACUCGUUAUUUUCUUCAUUUCAAGGACUGAAGAGCAGGUUUUGUUUCACUUCUUAGAGGUACCAAGAUUCCAGACCCCGAGUUUCAGUUGCCAUCGGUAUCUCUGGAAUGGUGAGGCCCUUGGUCACCACGUAAAGCUCUGCUUUCUGUGAGAGUUAGCCGUGUCUUUUAAGAAGAUGUGAAAUACACCUGGCCCUGAUGACAGGCUGUGGAACUCUCUCGCCCUGCUCUCGAACGUGGGGUCGGCUGAGCAGGCACAGGCAGAUGGAGAGUGCCCCACCUCCCGCGCUGGGGCGGGAGGUCUGCGGCCGGCGGGUAGGAGGCGCUCCAGGAGACCUGGCACCGUCGGUGUGCAGGAGAGGAGCGGAUCCGAGACGCGAGGAGAAGCCCUGCCUCCGGCGGCCCGCUCCUGUCCGCUUCUGGUUUUCCUCGGAAGGGCCCUCGAGACACUGGAAGGGAGGCGGAGCCGCCGCCGUUCCGGAGCCCGGAGCCCGGCAACACCCGGGACACGAGACGGCGGCGCAGCGGUACAGCGCCCGACUGCUGCAGGCCGGCUACGAGCCAGAGAGCAUGGCGGACUACCUGAUCAGCGGCGGCACCGGCUACGUGCCCGAGGACGGGCUCACCGCACAGCAGCUCUUCGCCAGCGCCGACGGCCUCACCUACAACGACUUCCUGAUCCUCCCAGGAUUCAUAGACUUCAUUGCCGAUGAGGUGGACCUGACCUCAGCCUUGACCCGGAAGAUCACGCUGAAGACACCGCUGAUCUCCUCCCCCAUGGACACUGUGACAGAGGCCGACAUGGCCAUUGCAAUGGCUCUGAUGGGAGGUAUUGGUUUCAUUCACCACAACUGCACCCCAGAGUUCCAGGCCAACGAGGUGCGGAAGGUCAAGAAGUUUGAACAGGGCUUCAUCACGGACCCCGUGGUGCUGAGCCCCUCGCACACUGUGGGUGAUGUGCUGGAGGCCAAGAUGCGGCAUGGCUUCUCUGGCAUCCCCAUCACCGAGACGGGCACCAUGGGCAGCAAGCUGGUGGGCAUCGUCACCUCCCGAGACAUCGACUUUCUUGCUGAGAAGGAUCACACCACCCUCCUCAGUGAGGUGAUGACACCAAGGAUCGAGCUGGUGGUGGCUCCAGCAGGCGUGACGUUGAAAGAGGCAAAUGAGAUCCUGCAGCGUAGCAAGAAAGGAAAGCUGCCUAUUGUCAAUGAUCAUGAUGAGCUGGUGGCCAUCAUUGCCCGCACCGACCUGAAGAAGAACCGAGACUACCCUCUGGCCUCCAAGGAUUCCCACAAACAGCUGCUGUGCGGGGCAGCUGUGGGCACCCGUGAGGAUGACAAAUACCGCCUGGACCUGCUCACCCAGGCAGGCGUUGAUGUCAUCGUUUUGGACUCGUCCCAAGGGAACUCGGUGUAUCAGAUCGCCAUGGUGCAUUACAUCAAACAGAAGUACCCCCACCUCCAGGUGAUUGGGGGGAACGUGGUGACAGCAGCCCAGGCCAAGAACCUGAUUGACGCUGGUGUGGAUGGGCUGCGCGUGGGCAUGGGCUGCGGCUCCAUCUGCAUCACCCAGGAAGUGAUGGCCUGCGGUCGGCCCCAGGGCACUGCUGUGUACAAGGUGGCUGAGUAUGCUCGGCGCUUUGGUGUGCCCAUCAUAGCUGAUGGCGGCAUCCAGACCGUGGGGCACGUGGUCAAGGCCCUGGCCCUUGGAGCCUCCACAGUGAUGAUGGGCUCCCUGCUGGCCGCCACCACGGAGGCCCCUGGAGAGUACUUCUUCUCAGACGGAGUGCGGCUCAAGAAAUACCGGGGCAUGGGCUCGCUGGAUGCCAUGGAGAAGAGCAGCAGCAGCCAGAAACGAUACUUCAGCGAGGGGGAUAAGGUGAAGAUCGCACAGGGUGUCUCAGGCUCCAUCCAGGACAAAGGGUCCAUUCAGAAGUUCGUGCCCUACCUCAUAGCAGGCAUCCAGCAUGGCUGCCAGGAUAUCGGGGCCCGCAGCUUGUCCGUCCUUCGGUCCAUGAUGUACUCAGGAGAGCUCAAGUUUGAGAAGCGGACCAUGUCGGCCCAGAUCGAGGGUGGCGUCCAUGGCCUGCACUCCUAUACCUUUCUGCCGUUUACGAGAAGCGGCUGUACUGAGGACAGCAGCGGAGGCCGAGGUGGCGGAGGGGGCACACCCCAGUGUCCGCCUUCAGACGCAGCCUCCCUCCAUAACUGAGUGGUCCACAGAUUUGCACUACGGGUUCCCCAGCUCCUUUCCAGGGAGAUGGGGGGAGGUCCCGAGGGGCCUGCGGCCCCUUGCUGGGCAUCCCCCACAGAGUCAGGACUGCUCCCUGGGCCAGGCUGCCCUGGGAGCCCCCCACCCAAGCCCAGCCAGCCGGGAUCUCAGGCCCUGCGCCUGCCUCAGGUCUUUCUUGCUGCAGCCUGCUCCAGCCCAGCCCCCACCCCAGGGGCAGGCGGCCCCUCCUGGCUUCUCCUGUAGGGCACCUCCCUGCCCCCAGCCCCCUAGGAAAUGGUGCUCUCCUGGCCCUGCCUCUGGCCCUUCCUGGGCCGCUGCCCCCUUAGCCAUGUGGCACUUCUGAGCUCCUGACCUAGGCCAAGGGGAGGUCUCUGCCCCCUUCCCCGGCCCUGGGCUACUCUUGGUUCCUGCUCCUGAGGCCACUUCCCUGUCCCUGGCCCUGGGGAGGAGGCUGCCCUGGUCAUGGCCGCCUGCCCGUCAUUCCUGACUCACCACCGUCCCCAGGUGUACCAUUCCUGCCCUCUCCUCAGCUGCAGUUGAAGGCUUUAACUUUGCACACUUUGGGAUUACAAUUGCGUCAUUGUAUAUUAAAUAAUCGGAAUAAAUCAAGCAGGUCUCAAAUGUCUCCAC